AUGACGUCGAUGUCUAUGUCUAAUCUUCCAGAGGACUUGAAAGAGGAGAUCAUCUCUAGGAUUCCGAUAACAUCAUUAAGAGCAGUGCGAUCUACUUGCAAAAAAUGGAACGAUUUCUCAAAACGUCAUAUUAUUUGCAAUGCUGCAGCAGCAGGAAAGCAGUUCUUAGGUUUAAUGUUGAUCAAUGAAAAAGUAUGUUCCUUGAGCUUCAAUCUCCAAAUCCACAAUGAUGGAUCUGUUGUUUCAGAGAUAAAGCAGGUACAUAUUCCUGACCAUGUAAGGGUAAAGAACAUCCUUCACUGUGACGGCUUGUUGUUAUGCGUUAUCGAGGACAACUCUAGUAUUAUGGUAUGGAACCCCUAUUUGGGACAAACGGUGCGGAUCGAAGUCCCUAAAAAUUCCGAAAGGGAAUACGACAUGUAUGCUCUCGGUUACGACAACAACCGUAACCACAAAAUCUUGAGGAUUUUGAGAGAUUAUAACUACAAGGGCGGUUUACGAUACGAAAUCUACCGGUUCAACUCAAAUUUAUGGAGUUCUCUUGAUGUGGAACCCAACUGGACUGUACGGUCUAAUAAACGUCACUCCGUGUCUUUGAAGGGAAAUACUUAUUUUCUUAUUCAAGGGUAUGUAUACAGAGAUACCGAAGAGGCGAAUCAUAUUUUUUUGAUCUGUUUUGAUUUUGCAAAAGAGAGCUUUGGUCCGCGUCUACUUCUACCAUCUAACCCUUAUGUUGACGAGAAUAUUAUUUUAUCCUGUGUUGGAGAAGAAAAGCUCGCUUUGCUACAUCGUAGCUUCAAGUGGUAUCGUGGAGCAAUAGAGAUUUGGGUUACCAAUAAUAUUGAUCCAAAUGCGGUGUCGUGGAGCAAGUUUAUGAAAAUGGAUAUCAAUCCACGCACUCGUCCUGAGGACAUUAGGCCUCUGUGUUUCUUCAUUGAGGAGGAGAAGAAAGUUGCUGUGCUUUUCGAUCUACUGUUCAGUGAAGACCAAAAAGCUCACAUCAUUGGAGAUGGAGAUGAUACUUACCUAAAAUAUGUUAACAUCAGAAGAGCUUCAGAUAUUGGAGAUUCUCACCCACUUACGAUCUCAUCUUAUGUUCCAAGUUUGGUGCAACUACAAAUCAACCAACCAACCAGGCAACAGGAAAAGUAAAGAAAAAAAAAACAGAAGAAGAAGAGAUUAUUGGUUAGUUCCAUUUGCAAUGCUUUAUUUGUUUAAAAGCAUUAUCUAUGUUUUAGCUCAUUUUAUAUCAUGUCCUUUUGAACAAGACUAUCUUCAUUCAGUUAUUAUAUAUUUUGUUCUCUUUGGCUAAUUUAGUACUGUGUAAUAAUCUAUGGUCGUUAUCUAUGUUUUAGCUCAAUUUUAUUUCAAGUCCUUUUGAAUAAGA